AUGAGUGUAACAACGUUAGAAUUAACAGAUACUAGUACCAACGAACUUUUAACAAAUAAAAAUCCACCAAUUAGUACAUCAGAUGAUAGUGAAGAUGAAACUGUUGGAAAUCAUACAAUUAGGAGAAGAAAUCGAUUAUCAAAAUUAAAGGAAUUUAUUCAAUGUUAUAUAAAACAAUUAAAAUUUGUAUUUCAAUCAAUAAUACCUGAUUUACAAUCAUUUCAAAGAUGGAAAAUUAUAGUGCUUAUUCUCUAUGCAACAUUCAGUGUUACUUUUACAAUAGUGGAUGUUAAUUCAUUUACUAGUGAGGAAAAACGUUCUUUAUUCAAAUGGGUAAAUGAUAGAACCGAUCGUGUAGCAUUAUGGCGUCGUUGCUUAUUAUGUUUAUCCGGUGCAUCUGCAUUUACAAAUGUAUUAAAUGUUGUCCUUGUAAUACAUGGCAAAAUGUCGGCAUAUUUUUGGGGUAUAUUAGGAGCAAUUUUAUAUGGUCCUUUUGCAUUUGCUUAUAAUUAUGCUGGUGAUGCACAGUUAUUUGUUUUAUUUUUUUUACCCAUGCAAUUCGUUGGAAUAUAUAUAUGGUCAAAAGAAUUAGAUACUCAAGCAACUACACGUGUUAAAUCAUUAAAAUUAACUGGUUGGUUAUUCGUUCUAUUAUCAAGUUCUCUGGUUAUACUAUUUUUCUAUUAUGAAAUUCCAUGGUUUGCCAGACUUUUCACAGAAAAAUAUUUUUUUGAAAAAGAACCUUUACCACAUAUACUUGAUGCAGCAACUAAUGGAUUAAGUGUUAUUGCACAAAUUUUAAUGGUUGCUUGUUAUUGGGAACAAUAUAUUAUAUGGACAGUCGUUAAUUUAAUGUUGAUUUUUAUGUACAGCGGUAAAUAG